AUGAAGUUCACCACCACUGCCGUUCUUGCCAUUGCCGCAUUCGUUGAAUCAGCCACUGCUCUGGGCAAGGCUCGUGUCGUCAACAAGUGCCCCUUCAGCGUUACCCUCUGGUCCGUCGGCAGCGCCAUCUCCCAGCCAACAACACUUGCUCAAGGCGGUUCCUAUGGCGAGACCUUCUCGCGAGACCCCGUGACUGGCGGUCGUGCCAUCAAGGUCACCGUUCAGCCCGAUGGCCUCUACACCGGCAAGCCCCAGACCAACUUUGCCAUCAACCUUGACAGCAACACCGUCUGGUACGAUCUUUCGGAUGUCUUUGGCGAUGCCUUCAACGGCCACAAGGUGGUUGUUUCUAGCGCCAAUACUGCUUGCCCUCAGAUUGUUUGGGGCAGCGGUGUCCCUCCUGCGGGAAGCCAGGUCAAGAACUGCGGUGCGGAUAAGGAUGUCACUUUGACUCUGUGUGCUUAG